CGAGACCCACGAUCCGGGAUUUCCAUCUGCAAGCCGGACAGGGAUGCCUAUCCUAUAAAAAGGUAUACGUACGGUGUGUUCAUAUGGUUGCGUGGUGCCUAGCUCAUCGAUGCCCUUGUCCUUCAUAUCUGCAGGUUGUUUUCAUCUCACCUUGUAGGCAUUGCGAAAAUGCUGAGUACAUACGAGACACUCAUCGCUACCUCUUUGUUGACAGGACUGUAUGUCUUGCUUGUACAAUACUUCCGUUUCCAAAGAUGUGAUCGGAUUCAGUCACAGUUCAUGCCAGCUGGCCGCCCUCUAUCCAGCAUGAGUGUCAAGGAGGCCCAUGAGAUUAUGCGGCAAUUGAGAGAGCUCGAAUUCCCGUACAUUAUGCGUAGCUCGACAAGAAUGACAACACUCAAGACGGCUUCUAUUCCUACCGUGGCCGAUCUCUUCGUUGCAACCGGUCAGCGGAACGAGAAGAACAAUACAAAACGCGGCGCUGACACGGAGGUGCUAAUGAAUGAGAUCCAUGAUCGUCAGGUUGGCUCCGACGCCCAUCUAAUGGGGUACGCCCGGUUGAACUACAUACAUUCGGGGUAUAGGAAGGCGGGGAAAAUCCUUGAUGAAGAUAUGCUGCAUACUCUUGGUUCUGCAGUUCUCGAUGUUUUCCAGUCAAUAAACCGAUACGAGUGGCGCCAGUUGACGAACACGGAAAAGUGCGCCAUUGGCAUAUUCUAUAGGACUAUGGGAGAAGCAAUGGAAAUACCCUUUGAACGCCUUCCGUCCAGUAAGAUUGGAUGGGUUGAUGGGGUUCAUUUCGCUCAGGAGCUCUGUGACUUCACGAUGGAAUAUCAAACACUCACAGCCAAGCCAACCAAAUCGACCUUAUUGAUUAGUGGACGCUUAAUGAGUCUCGAGACGACCAACUACCCUUCCAUCCUGAAGUCGAUUGCCGAACGUGUGGUCGCGACCAGGCUGGAUGAACACAUCCGAGUGAGCAUGGGGUUCCAAAAACCGGGCUUUGUUCUUUCCUCCAUGGUUACUAGUUUUGUAGCAAUGCGCAAGUUUUUCCUGCGAUAUCUCAGCCUGCCUCGGCCAGAUUUUAUGGCCGUCAGAGUUCUGGAGGCAGCCCCGGAUCCAUCCACCGGGCGUUACACUACCACUCAAUGGUUAGACAAUCCAUGGUACGUUAAGCCGACAUUGGCGAACCGAUGGGGUCUCAAAGCCUUAUCGGUACGGCUUUUUGGAACCGGAAAGGUUCCCACCAAGAAUGGGUCUUUUCGUGACGAGGGGUAUGACAUGAAAACAAUCGGACCCGAGAGGAUGAGGAACAAGGGACAAGCCGAAGCCGAGGCCACCUUCAUUGACCUUAAGAAGAGAGAUAUCCCCAGCGGUUGUCCAUUCCAUUCAUAAACGCUCGGUUUCAUCGUUGUUAUAUCUAUCCAGGUGU